AGAGGAGUCAGCAAGGUGCACGGUGCUAUCCCAACUUGCCCGGAGGGAAGGAGGAGGCGGCGGCCGCGUGUUUGGCCAGCUGCCCUGUCGGGGCGCGCGAGAGAGAUAGGGCUCCUCCUCGGCUCGGCCAGGCUGCCUCAUGCCCUGGGCGCCCUCCCCCCGAUGCCCGGGGCUGGGACGACCCCCGCCGGGAACCGCACGGACUUCUUCCCCUUCUUCUCGGAGUUCAGGGGCGCCAGCCGCGUGGCGCUCAGCGCCCUGGAGACGGCCGUGCUGGCGUGCAUCUUCGCGCUGGCUCUGGCGGCCAACGCGUGCGCCAUCCGGCUCCUGGCGCGCCGCAAGCGGAGGCUGAGCGUGGCCAGCUGCCUGGUGCUCAACCUCUUCUGCGCCGACCUGUUCUUCAUCAGCGCCAUCCCCAUCAUCGCCGUGGUGCGCUGGACCGAGAGCUGGACCAUGGGUCACGCCGUUUGCCACCUGCUCUUCUACAUGAUGGGGCUCAGCGGCAGCGUCACCAUCCUCUCGCUGGCCGCCGUCAGCCUGGAGCGCGUGGUCAGCAUCGUCCGGCUCCGGCCCUCCAGGGCCUACAGAGGCAGGCUGGUGGCCGGACUCCUGCUGCUCAUCUGGGUCGUCUCGGCGCUGGCCACCCUGCCCCUCUGCCUUUUCUUCACAGUCCAGCCGCUGCCCGGAAAGCACCAGGUGAGCUGACCCUAUAAAACAGACAAGGCGGUCUUUUUUUUUUUUUUUUUUUUUUUUUUACAAAAGGCAACCCUUUUACUGCCCAGAUCCCAACACACAUUUACUGGCAUGCCACUGAUUUUUGUGCAACUUGCUUUCGAUUAAGUCUGCGUAUGAUAUUAGCCUUUCCCGUUAGGCACAGUUCCUCCCACCCACACCAGUAAGAAGUUGGCUCAGAAAGUCUGGCUAUAGGUUUAUGCACUUGGGGACAACGCCAUUGAACUCAGUGGGGCUCAUGUCACGUGAAACAUUUACAGAAGCAGCCUGCUAUUAUAUAUUUCUUAGGGCACACCUGCAAAAUCCCAUGCUACAUGUUGAUUUGGGGAGGGGGAACUAACAACCCAGGUGUCCUGCCUUCGAGGAAUGCUCAUUGGUGGUCUCCCAAAUUCACCCCCCAAUUAUGUACUGGAAGUGCAAGUGAGGAAUCUAACUUGAUUGCACAAUGAAGUGUUGAAAUAGGUGUUAAGGGAUAAUUGGUCCAUGUGAAGUUAGUUCCACAAAGAGAGAGAUUUAUUGGUUUCAAAGUAAUGAUCUAUUCCACCCCCCACCUAAAGGUUUGGGGUGAAUAACAAUUGAAAAGCUUAAAAAUACAAUUCAGUUAAGUCAGAACACCAUUGCAGAUAGGUCAACUGUCCCUGUAAAGCCAAACCAUGUAGAUAUUCCAAAAGUUCUGCAAGCUUGGACUAUGGUGAAUCUGCAGAACAGAUGGAGAGGAGAUAUAAUUUCAGAUUGCUCCUAUUGUAAGGGGCAGCCAAUAAAUCUCCCUUUGCUUAUCGUUUGAGCUGUGAACCCUCAAUAUAGUCCGCUGUUUGGGUUUGUUAACAAUCCAGUGCAAACCCCUCUGCAUAUAAAUGGUUAUAGAGUCAGCUAUGCACACUUCGAAAAUGCAUCCAAGAAGUGCCUCAGGUAAGUGUGCAUAGGAUUGUAGCCUUCGACUUUAGAAUGGUUUUGAAGAUAAUUCAUGCUUCCUGUGCUUUUGCAUAGUUUCAGAUUAGAUAUUUCACAUCUCUAUUGGUCAGAAUAGGGAGAUAUAACAUGGGAGAUGUCAGAGACUGAUUUUGCAGGGAUAGCCAAGGUGGUUCCUUUAGAUGGUGUUGGACUCCAGCUUCCAUCAUCCACCGCCAUUGACCAUGUUGCUGGGAAUUGGAGACCAAUAACAUCUGGAGGGUACACUGUUGGCUACCCCUAUUGUUGUGAAUUGUGUGGAGGGACAAGAGACACAGCAGAAAUCUCAUAAAAAUCUUCUGUAGUCUAUGAAGCUAUUUUUCCCCUUCAAACAAGCAACACCUCUUGUAUUCUUUUGGGGCUGUGCCAAUCUGAACAAAGAGGAGUGUUCUCAUUUGAAGAUGAUGGAUUUGUAGGGCUGGCUGACUGCUGUUGUUUGCUUUUAUCAAGAGGCUGUUAUUCUCCACCAUGGUAUCUCUUCUCCAUAAACUUUAAGGGCCGUGCAGGAGAACAUGGCAACAUGCGUCCACUGCUUGGUUGGCUUUGUCAAGCCCAAAAAACAUUUAAGACAUGAAAGCAGAAAGUGGGAGAAAACCCUAUAUUCUAGAGACCAAUGGUAAAUGGCCCGAUAACUGUCUCUGGCAUACAGGGCUUCAGGAAAAGCACAGGUAUUGCUGAGAUUUCAGUGGUGCUCUCCUAAGGCAAGGCUGGUUAUUAUCAAAUCCUUUGAGUCCUUCACUGAGAGUACAUAGUGAGUAGGCGUAUCAAAGGAGUUGGCGUAGGUGCAAAUAAAUGGGUUUUCGUGAUUUUGAAUCAUGCAAGCUGACUUGAACACUUCGAGGGAUGCCACAUCAAUGGGUAAUUAAAUUCGGAUAAAUUAAAGAGUCCCUUUCGGGAUUAGUAAUUGAUGCAUGGCUAAAGAGCAGGUUUUACCUGGGAAAGGAGUGGAGCAAGGGGGAAAAGGGGAAACCACACAAACCUGUGUUUUCUACACAAGUGGAAGUGUGGGUAAGCCCUCAGUUGUGAAGCUAAUGCAAAAGGUCCCAUAUUAAAUCCCUGACACCUCCAGGUAGGACUGUGAAAGAUCCCUGUUUGAAACCCUGGAGAGUCAAUGCCAGUCAGUGUAGACAGAUGAAAGUAAAGGACCCCAGAUGAUUAAGUCCAGUCAAAGGCGACUAUGGGGCUGUGGCGCUCAUCUCGCUUUCAGUCUGAGGGAGCCAGCGUUUGUCCACAGACAGCUUUCUGGGUCAUGUGGCCAGCAUGACUAAACCACUUCUGGUGCAACAGGACACUGUGAUGAGUGCCAGAGCGCACAGAAACACCGUUUACCACUGUUUAACACUCUGACCUGGCAUAAGCAGCUCCCUUGAGUUCCAGACUAUACAUUACGCCAGUGGUUCUCAAAGGGUGUGGCAGCAGAGGAUGGCCAAUGUGGCAGGAAGAUUCAAGAAGAUUCAAGUAGUUGUGUUCUGUGUUACAAGUCAAGUACUGCUAGGAGUUAUUUCUUUUUGUUUUACAAUGUAUUUCUUAUCAAUAAAGAAAUAUGUUGUGGGGUGAGCAAAUUUUAAAAGUAUGACCCAGAGAAAAAAGGGUAGCAUGCACCUAUGUCUGACUUUUCUUUAAUUAAUCACAGGCAUGAUGCACCUUGAUUGUCAGAUUAAGAAAAAACAUUAAAAUUUAGGAAUUUCUUAAGAAUUCAUAAUAAAUACAAUUUUUUAUCAACUGACUUGGUGCUAUUUAAGUAUCGGAUUUAUUUGCCAAAAAAGCAAUGAAAGUUUCUCCUCAGUUUGCCUGUUAACCUUUCAACUUUCAGUGACUAUGGGAGGAGCACAACAUGCGCAAAGUUAAGUUUAGAAUUGAAUUGGUGACUAGCCUUUGCAAAACUCUUCAUUUGUCCCAUGUUCUACAAUACAUAUUGUAUCUUUCACACAAGAACACACAAGCUCUGUUGUACCUAUGCAUUGCUUGAAAAGCAGAUGUUUAUGUGGACAUGUAAGAUGACCGCAUAGACCACAGGAGAUAACAGGAGAGAGUCAUCAUCAGCAAAUAAAUAGAUUACGUUCCUAUUUUUUGUCCGCCUUGCCAGCUGUCUUUGCAAGGAAAUCACAUUUAAUGCUAGUAAGAUGAGGUCAGGUAUGACAUUAGCUUCUAGUAUUUGUAAAACUAUUUCAUCACAUUGUCAUAAUGGUUCAAAUUGUAGGUUUUUGGAGGAUUUUUUUGCUUGCUUGCUUGUUUGUUUGUUUUGUUUGCCAAAUCUUGUGAAUAAAAUUGUGAAUUUUAUCUGAAUAUGUUCCAGGUUAAAAUCAUAAAGAUAUUUUGAUCAUUAACUAUUUCCGUAGAUCUUGUUUGGUUGGUGAUUAUCUGUUCUAAAAACAGGCACCAAGCCAGAGCAUGUUGACAGAGGCGUACCUAGGGGGGAAGCUCAAAAACCACCUAUCAAACUAUGAAGUGUAUGACGUAUAUGUGUGUGGAGAUGUGCCACUGUUGUUGCAGCAAUAGCAAAAACAGGAGAAUCUUCCCGUCCUUCUUGCACCACAGCACAAAGGCAUGCAUUUUUUCCGCACUUAUUCCUUGCCCCACCUUUACUCUGGAUGCUUCGUGCUGGGGUCAUGUAAAAUGUAGUAAUUUCUGAUGUGUCUAUUGCACUAAAGUGUCCCCCCCCCCCCCGUGGGGAGGCACUGAUACAGCUCCUUGCCAAAGGCACAAGGGACUCUAGGUGCACCUCUCUGUGUUUCUCAAACAUAAUGGUGAAAGCAAACACUAAAAACUUAUAGGGAUUUUGUUCUUUUUCUUGCAGGAAGUGUUAAUUUGCACCUUGGACUGGCCCAGCGUUUCAGGAGAGAUUGCUUGGGAUGUGUCUUUUGCAACUGUGAUCUUCUUAAUACCAGGAUUAGUCAUCGUAAUUAGUUAUUCAAAGAUUUUACAGGUAUUUUUCAUCAUCAUCAUCAUUUUUUAAAAAGAUGCUAAUAGAGUUAUCCACAAUUAAAAUUGAAUCAGAGUUCUCAUAGUAAAUGGAGUUUUAGUUUUAGAGAUGGUAAUAACAAACCACAAGUAGCCAAAAAAGUAGCACACUUCCUAGUUCUUAACAGUUUUAUUCUAGUUCACUUGCAAUAGUCGCAAAACCUGAGCUGUUUAUCACUUCAUAUCCUCAACAUUUCAUUAAUCUAGGGCUAAACUACAUAUUAUAUUAAGUACAGUGGUACCUCGGGUUACAGACGCUUCAGGUUACAGAUGCUUCAGGUUACAGACUCCGCUAACCCAGAAAUAUUACCUCGGGUUAAGAACUUUGCUUCAGGAUGAGAACAGAAAUCACGCGGUGGCGGCACAGCGGCAGCAGGAGGCCCCAUUAGCUAAAGUGGUGCUUCAGGUUAAGAACACUUUCAGCUUAAGAACGGACCUCCAGAACGAAUUAAGUUCUUAACCCAAGGUAGCACUGUAUGUUAUUUAAACAAUGUGAUUUGGACAGCAACUUCUCACUCUUAACUGAAAGCAAUCUUAGCACCCUGAUCUAGACUGGCACCAUGGUAUGUGUGGGGGGUGUUGACAGCUCUUCUCCUCCAUGCCAUUUUCCUGCCAGAAAAUCACCCCAAAGUUGCUACCUGCCCUGAAAAAAUGGAUUGUCCCGUAUAGACUUACCCAUUUUGUUAAGAUCUGUCAAGGAGGCCUUACCAUCUUUAGCUGAGCCUGCUAUAUGGCAGUGCACGAGAGAGCCUUCUUGGCAGUGGUACCCCACUUUAAGAAUUCCCUCCCCUCUGUGAUACACGGGCUGCCUGCUUUUUUUCAUUUUAGAUGCCAGCAAAGGGCUUGGUUAUUCCCACAGGGUUUUAGCAGAAUCUGAUGCUGCUACUGACAUUUUCCGUUGGCUGGCUGCGACCGACCGACCUUCUUGUUUUUAUUCAUUGCAUUAUGACUUUGAUACUGUUUCAGUUGAAGCCUGCACUGCAAUUGCUGUGCAAUGAAAAAUGAGUAAGAUAUGUUUUAAAUAAGUAGCACUCUGGAAUUUUCACCGGGAAACUUCCUCUCCCUGCUCCUGUUUGUGGGUGGCCAAACAGCGCUGUUGAAAGAUGCUGUCAAUAUUACACAUUUCCCAGGAAGGUGGUGCUAGAGAGUUACAUAUGACUUAAUCCUCCCUUCGUCAGAAGAUUAUGUCUUCCCUGUAGAAUUCCAUUUUGCCAUCAAGGAAUAUGUUUGGAAGUUAAAAGACAAUAAAACUGUAUUUCAAAGAACCUCUCCAUUGUUCUUUACACUAGAUAACAUUUGCAAUCCAUUAACUUUCUGUAGAUUUAGUAUAUUUUAUAGCAAACAGUAUAUAGAUGUGAUAUGAGUCAGACUAUUGGUCCAUUCCACAUUAGCUGCAGGUGAGAGGAGUUGUAGUCUGACACAUUUGGAGAGCACCAGGUUGGGGAAAAGCUGCUGUAAACUGAUAUUGUUUCCCCAUCUGAGAAAAAGCAGUGUGCAGGUAGAAGAACAGUGGAUGAGUGUGCAUGCAAAAUUAGUUUCCUGGCAUUUCAAAAAACACAGUAAUUGGAAAGCAAAAUGAGAAGCAGUAAGAGAAAUAUUUUUUUCCAUAAUAUUCAAACACUAUACAAAUCAUAUUUGUGUAAGGAUUAAAUGCUGCUUUCCCAAGAGGAAACAAAACUACUAAUUUUGUUAUGGUGGAACAUUCAUCAUAAUAUUUCGCCCUCUUUCAGUGCUCACUGAGAGCAACAUGCUAAUUUUGAUAUUCCUUGAUUGUAAGUCUGACUGGAGUGUCCCAUAUUAUUUUGGUACCUUGCACAUUUCUAAACAAUCGGCAUAUUUUCCUUGGAUGCAGCAGCAUUUGGAAGGCAGGCAUGACAAAGUGAUGUCCACAUCAUCUGCAAGCUGCUGGUUGCGGCGAGAGCCUUUCCUGGAGCUGAUACUGUACUCUUAAAAAAAAUAAUUAAAAAAAAUCCCAGAUAUGAAAACAGCCUCUCAUUUUAAAAAAGUACAUUUUGAUUACCUGUAUAUUCCUAUCCCCUGAGGAAGUUGGGUGGAGGUGUGAGUACAUUUAGCACAGCUAUCUGGCUCACUGAAAAAAAAAAGGUGGGUACCAAAACAUGUUUAAAAAUGUGUAUUUUCAUGCCAUCCACUCUACCCUUUCAAACUUCCAAAGGAGAUUCCACAACACCCCGUGUCAUUUUUUUCAUUGUUGAGCUGUUCUUAAUCAGAAAAAACUAAUUUUUUAAUUUAUUGAUAUCUAAUCACAGAGUUUGCCUAACAAUUUUUAAAGAAUUAAAAUAUAUUUACUGAAAGGUGUUUUUUUAAUGUUCUAAUGCAGAUUGCAAAAGAAUCAAGGAGACGUCUUCAUGGUGGCAUGGCCUACUCAGAGGGUCAUCACAUUCGAAUUUCCCAGAAAGACUUCAGACUGUUGCGGACUUUGUUUGUAUUGAUGAUCUCUUUCUUUCUUAUGUGGAGUCCGAUAAUCAUCACCAUUCUCCUCAUUUUAGUGCAGAAAUUCAAUCCAAACGUGAACCUGAUGCCUUCUUUAUUCUUUUGGAUAGUGGCUUUCACAUUUUCCAAUUCAAUUGUCAACCCAGUUUUAUAUAAUGUUUCCCACUUCAGGCAUGAAUGGAGGAAAAUCUUUUUCUGCUGCCCAGGUCCUCUUGGAAGAAAAGCACUUGCAACAGACACUACGCUAAGACAGAAUAACAACAGACAUUUUACUGUGUCUGCUAUUUCCACAUAACCAUGUGAUGUUUCUGACAGCAGUAAUCUCACCAGCUAUUUAGAACAGUGUGCUAAAGAAAGUGUCUGGGAAAGAGGGAGGCAGGCGGAAUUAAAAUAUCAAGAUUUGCACAGCAUAUUCUGGUCUUGGGAAAUCUUGGUGCUGCAGAAAAUGACCUUAUAACUCUCCCAUAGCAAUGGAUACAGGUGCUGAUGGCAUUAAAACAGAAGUUAAAAUGUUGACUGCAGAGCAUAACUGAACUCUGCAGUUUACUAUCUUUCAGAAAGUGAUUGUAUUUUGUGGGAUCUUUGGCAUGGGGCAGGGACGACGACACUUCCUUGCGUGAGAGCCAAAGGAUCGGCGUUAACAAAUAACAAGUUUUAAAAAGUGUAAGUGGCAGGGACACAACCAAACGUUCGCAUGUGACUGCUAGGUUUAUAAAUGUACAAGUAGCUGCCAGCCACAGGGAGACUCAGCCAUUCAAACAAUACUGUGUGUUUUGAACAUGUGUCUAUGGGUUUUCUUCUUGUACUGGAUUCGUGCCUAGCUGGUGUAAAAAGGUUGCUGGGGUAUGAGAAAUGCACAGGAUGGUGCAUGUAGGUGCUUAGCACAUGGUCACCUCUGGCAUCACCUGUUCAGUCAAGAAAGUGAGGCAUAAGUGCAGGUGGGACUUAGCACAGGCAGCUCACCUUCCAUCCACUGAACAGAUGAAAGCACAUGAUUGUCAGGGGCUGGUCUGGAUCGGAAGAUUGGGGAAUGCAGUCACAGGGAGAUCAGCUCCUAACAGAAGAGGAGGAGAAAUAUUUGCUGUCCCCGUCCCCCCCAAUUCCAGCGUUUCCAGAAGCAGAGAGAGAGGCAGACACAGAAGCUGCUCGGUUGAGAGAGGAGCUACCCUGCUAAGAGAUAGUAGCUGAGCAACCAGAAGGGAGGGAGCAGCUGGAACCCCUCCCUCCCCCCAAACUCGGAGGUCCAAGCGUGUCAUAGAACAAAGGAGAUACAAGGGGUGUGUGUGUGUGUUAGGCACUUCUCACUGGUGUGCUUCUUGCUGCGGAAGUGGGGAGGAAUCAGAGUAGGCAACUGAUAUCCUUGCGGAGGGUUGCCUGUUGUGCUUGUAACAUAAUGCUGUAAUUAAAGGACUAUAAAUC